CGCCUCAGCGCAAGCCUGUGCACUCAGAAGCGGAGAGGGGGCGCCGCGCGUCAAGCGGGUUGCGCAUGCGCGCCCCCGCCUGGGGCUAUAAAAGCCUCGCCACCUGCUGCCGCAAGUGCGUCCAGUUGCCGGGAGAAGCCAGUUCACCUCCUCCAGCAGCAGCUCCUCUCGACAUGGACCCUGAGACCUGCUCCUGUCCUACUGGUGGCUCCUGCACCUGCGCUGGCUCCUGCAAGUGCGAAGGAUGCAAAUGCACUUCCUGCAAGAAGAGCUGUUGUUCCUGCUGCCCUGCAGAGUGUGAGAAAUGUGCCAAGGAUUGCGUGUGCAAAGGUGGAGAGGGGGCCAAAGCAGAGGCGGAGAAAUGCAGCUGCUGCCAAUGAGGACGUGCCUCUCCAUGUGAAACGUGUGUACAUAGUGCCGGGUGGCCCAAUGCCACCCUCCCUGUGGUGAAGCUCAGUUGUGUGUCCCCUUCAUUUGCUACUCCUGGCAAGUGACAAUAAAUCCUGUGAAUGGCAUAA